AAGGAACCAAAUGUUUCCCGCGCUAUGUUACAUUGUCCUGACUUCAUACUCGCCAUAACAGCAAACUAUCAAGAUGUCGGGUAUAAUGGAAGCCCCAAAACCAAGAAUAAACUGCUCUAUGCUGUCGCAAUACAUUAGCAAACCGGUGUGUUUUGUCGGGCGUGUUGAAAAGGUUCACCCAACUGGAAAGACGUUCACUGUCUCGGAUGGAGAAGGGAAAAGUGCAACAGUUGAACUGAACGAACCCCUUGAGGAGGAGCUGAGCGGCAUUGUGGAGGUCAUUGGCAUGGUGUCCAACAAGGGAGCGAUUAUGGCCACGACAUACAACAUGCUACGAGAGGACAAAGGCAUUCUCUUUGAUCUAGAGCUGUACAACGAGGCCCUGAAGGUCGUCCACGAUUUCCCCCAGCACUACCCUUUUGAGAUGGCUGUGAGUGGAUGAGACUCACAUCUGAAGAUUGUUGAUUGUUCUGUGUCUAAUUUCUGUUGUAAAAAAAAAACUACUUUGCAAUAAAAAACCUUUUACUGAAUA